GACCGGAAGCACCAGCUGCCAUUCAAUUUUGUGAGACUGCAGGAGUUUUGUGCUAAUAUACAGCGUUUUGUUUUGCACAUAUAAAACGGCAUUUCCAGUUCCGACCUAAACACUUCAUAGGAAGAACAUCAUUAUGUGUAAUUGACUGCGGUGUUUACAUUUCAAGUCAUGUCUUUCCAUCAAGACCGUGGUGCCCCCAGAAGUGGAGGAGAUGGAAUGCCCCUUGACCAAAACUACCGACCUGCCAACCUGAGGCCCCCGCAGCCUCCCCUGGCGCCAUACACCUAUGACCCCCAAACUCCUCCCACACCAGGCUACCAUGGCAACAGCAGCUACAUGCCUCCCCACCCGGACUUCAUGCAAUAUCUGCCUCCGCCGCCACCCCAUACUCCCGCUUCUCUUCACCCUUGCCCCGUGCGUCCGCCCUUCCCCAAGCCGCCCGUGGGAGGCUUCCCCGACCCCCCACCCAGUUUUCCGCCGCCUCCUCUGCCCUUAGUCACCGGCGCUUCCCCCAGGUGACGCAGCAUGCCUCACUCUUACAUGAUGCCGCCCGUGCCUCCCCCGCCCAUGCCUCCCCCGCCCAUGCCGCCCCCCAUGAGUUUCCCGCCUCCGUACGCCAUGGGCUACCCUCCUUUCCCUCCCCCUGGCUUCAGCCCCGGCUACGCCCCCGGCCCCACGUCAUUCAAAGCCGACCAGAGCUUCCACCGCAGGGGGCCGUACAAAUACGAGAAACCCGCCGACGGCAGGCGGUCCCCCGAUAGAAGAUAUCGCCACGACGACCACCGACAGAGGGGCUACGGUGACAAACAAGAGAGGAAGGACCGCGGCAGAAGUCCAGACAGACACGGACGAUCCGACGGCGGGAGGUACAGGUCCCACUAUGACAGAGAACGAUCCCCUGGAAGACACCGGAGCCGGGAUCAUAGCAGAGAGCGCUAUCGACACAGAGAGAGUCGGAGAUCCCAGUCGCCUGACCGACACAGAAAGAGGCCUCGCAGCCGCUCCACAAGCAGAGACCGGAAGCGCGCCCGCUGGGAGGAGGAGAGGGAUCGCAGGUCCGAGGCCUCGUCAGUUGUGAGCCGAGACCGCGGCUACUCCUCCGCCCGCAGCCGAGAAUCUGAGGAGACCGUCGCCGACCAAGAGCGGGAAGCGGAGCGGGAAAAGGAGAAAGUGGAUGAAGAGAAGGAGGAAGAAGACCUGCUGAAGCCCGCCUGGAUCCGCUGCACCCACGCUGAGAACUAUUACUCCAAUGACCCCAUGGAUCAAGUGGGGGAUUCCACAGUGGUCGGGACGAGUAAACUGCGAGACCUGUAUGAGCAUUUCGAGGAGGAGCUGGGCAGGAGGCAGGAGCGAGCCAAGGAAGCUCGACCCAAAUGGGAACCGCCAAAGACCAAACUGGAUGAAAAUCCAGGUGUCAGCAGCAGCGAAUCGGACUGCGAGUCCGACGGUGAAGGAAGUUCUUGCUCCAGCGGCUCGGAUUUGGAUGUUUUUGACGUCAUCGCAGAGAUCAAGAGGAAGAAAGCGCACCCCGACCGACUUCACGAGGAGCUGUGGUACAACGAUCCGGGACAGAUGAAUGAUGGUCCUCUGUGCAAGUGCAGCGCCAAGGCCAGACGCACCGGGAUACGCCACAGCAUCUACCCGGGGGAGGAGCCUGCCAAACUGUGUCGAGGCAUGAACAACAACACCGGCAAGCUGUUCCACUACAGGAUCACCGUGUCUCCUCCCACCAACUUCCUGACGGACCGGCCCACCGUGAUCGAGUACGACGACCACGAGUAUCUCUUUGAAGGCUUCUCUCUCUUCUCCCAUGUGCCACUCGCCAACAUUCCAUUGUGCCGGGUGAUCCGCUUCAACAUAGAUUACACCAUCCACUUCAUAGAGGAGAUGACGCCCGAGAACUACUGCGUCCAGGGCCUGGAGCUGUUCGCCUCAUACCUCUUCCAGGACAUACUGGAGCUGUACGACUGGAACCUGACGGAUCCAAAUUUGGACAAUGACCCCAGUGAAUCAUGCCAGCGGUUCCACUUCAUGCCUCGGUUUGUUCGCUUCCUACCAGACGGGGGCAAGGAGGUGUUGUCCAUGCACCAGGUGCUGCUCUACCUCCUGCGCAGCAGCAAACCUCUGGUCCCCGAGGAGGAGAUUGCCGACAUGCUGCAGUGGGAGGAGCUGGAGUGGCAGAAGUAUGCGGAGGAGUGCAAGGGCAUGAUCGUCACCAACCCGGGCUCGAAACCGAGCUCGGUGCGAAUCGACCAGCUGGACCGGGAGCAGUUCAACCCAGACGUCAUCACCUUCCCCGUCAUCGUUCAUUUCGGGAUACGACCUGCUCAGCUCAGCUACGCUGGAGACCCUCAGUACCAGAAGCUAUGGAAGAGCUAUGUGAAACUGCGCCACCUGCUGGCCAACAGCCCCAAAGUCAAGCAACUGGACAAGCAGAAGCUGAUGCAGAGAGAGGAAGCUCUUCAGAAGAUCCGUCAGAAGAACACCAUGCGCCGCGAGGUGACAGUGGAGCUCAGCAGCCAGGGAUUCUGGAAGACUGGCAUCCGCUCCGAUGUCUGUCAGCACGCCAUGAUGCUGCCCGUCCUCACCCAUCACGUCCGCUACCACCAGUGUCUCAUGCACCUGGACAAGCUCAUCGGCUACGUCUUCAGGGAGCGCUGCCUCCUGCAGCUGGCCAUGACGCAUCCCAGCCACCAUCUCAACUUCGGCAUGAACCCCGACCACGCUCGCAACUCACUCUCCAACUGCGGCAUCCGCCAGCCCAAAUAUGGCGACAGGAAAGUUCACCACAUGUACAUGCGGAAGAAGGGAAUCAACACGUUGAUUAACAUCAUGUCUCGCCUGGGACAAGAUGACCCCUCCCCCUCCAGGAUCAAUCACAACGAGAGGCUGGAGUUCCUCGGCGAUGCAGUCGUGGAGUUUCUCACCAGUGUCCACUUGUACUACCUCUUUCCCACCUUGGAGGAAGGAGGCCUGGCCACCUACAGAACAGCCAUAGUGCAGAACCAGCACCUCGCCAUGCUCGCUAAGAAACUGGAGUUGGAUCGCUUCAUGCUCUACGCUCACGGACCAGAUCUGUGCCGGGAGUCGGACCUGCGACACGCCAUGGCGAACUGCUUUGAGGCCCUCAUUGGUGCUGUGUAUUUAGAGGGCGGCUUGGAGGAGGCCCGGCAGCUCUUUGGAAGGCUGCUCUUCAACGGCCAGGACCUGCGGGACGUCUGGCUCAACUACCCGUCGCACCCUCUGCAGGUCCAGGAGCCGCAGACGGACAGGCAGCUGGUGGAGACGUCACCCGUCCUGCAGAAACUGACCGGCUUCGAGGACUCCAUCGGGGUGCUGUUCACGCACGUGCGCCUGCUGGCCCGAGCCUUCACGCUGCGGACGGUGGGCUUCAACCACCUGACGCUGGGCCACAACCAGAGGAUGGAGUUCCUGGGAGAUUCCAUCAUGCAGCUGGUGGCCACUGAGUACCUCUUCAUCCACUUCCCCGACCACCAUGAGGGACAUUUAACACUCUUGCGCAGUUCGCUGGUCAACAACCGCACCCAGGCCAAAGUGGCAGAGGAGCUGGGCAUGCAAGACUUUGCCAUCACCAACGACAAAACCAAGCGGCCUGUGGCGCUCCGGACAAAGACCCUUGCUGACCUGUUGGAGUCUUUUAUUGCAGCGCUCUACAUUGACAAGGAUCUGGAAUAUGUGCACACCUUCAUGAACGUCUGCUUCUUCCCCCGACUGAAGGAAUUCAUUCUGAACCAGGACUGGAAUGACCCCAAGUCUCAGCUGCAGCAGUGCUGCUUGACUCUAAGGACAGAGGGCAAAGAGCCCGACAUCCCUUUGUACAAGACGCUGCAGACAGUGGGACCCUCCCACGCCCGCACCUACACCGUCGCCGUCUACUUCAAGGGCGAGCGUAUCGGCUGCGGCAAAGGACCGAGCAUCCAACAGGCAGAAAUGGGAGCUGCCAUGGACGCGCUCGACAAAUAUAACUUCCCACAGAUGGCUCAUCAGAAGCGCUUCAUCGAGCGCAAAUACCGUCAGGAGCUGAAGGAGAUGAGGCGCGAGCGCGAGCGACAGGACGACGACGACGAGCCCGACGACGGCAGGAAGUGAUGACGAGGCGGAACGUCGUCUCCUCAUGCUCGUGAGUGGCCAGGCCGUCAAUGUCGCUCGUACACUGAAAACACACCUUUUAAAGUAUUCUAAAUAAAAUCAUACGUCAAUAGUUGUCUUCCCAGAGUGGUAUCAAGUGGACACAUGAAAGAAAACACGUUUGAAGAUAUUUAAUCGCGUCAUAUAAAUAUUCCGUACAAAAUGUCACCUUGUACAAAGCAGAAGUAACGGGACAGUCAGACAACCCCCCAAACAUGUUUUGUUUUUUUUAAUAUAUUUGCCUACGCUCACAGAACUCCACAUUUGUCACCAACGGCCCACGGCGUCUACACAUCGACAACCAACAUCUACCAGGACAGCGCCACCAUGUUUGCGUCAGAGGGGGUGAAUAAAGACAGAGAUGCGCAGCAAAAAGAAAAAUCCUCGGCGAUGUCGCGGCAGCAAAUAUUUGAGGUGUCGCGUUAUGUCCUCCGUCGUCCUAAAGAGACUUCCUUUGAACAAAUUCACUAAAGUCUGUUCCCAGCAUUGGUUUUCCUGUCCGCCAUUACCUUGAGCACAGCCGGGGGGCGCUGUGAGUGCUGAGGUGAAGAUGUCUGUACAGUGUUUUUGAUCAUGAACGUACACAAGCUAAAGAUCACAAUAUGCAGCGUGAUGUUUGUCGCACAAAAAGUACACAACUGCGCCAGCGUGUUCGUCACAGGCAGCAGCGGCACAAUAAAAACAAAGAAGAAAAAAAAAAACAGUUAGAUAUAUUCCGGCGGGCGUGGCCUAACACCACACAGAGGUCCCUUUGCCCUAACUACCACGUGACGGGCCACAUGACGCCUACCCUCAGGGUGUCCAUCCGCCAUCUUGUGCGUUCGCCCUGGCACAGAAAGUCGCCGCCCGUUAGGAAUCUCUGUCGCUGUCGUCGGCGCCGUACAUGUCAGCCAGUUUCUUAAAGCGCGGCCCCCACUCGCUCAGGUAGUUGUAGUCCUGCUCGCCCUCGGUGGUGGCCGACUCCAGCGAGCUGAGCGACUCGGCCACGGAGCCGCUGCCCUCGUAGGCGUACGUGGCCAGCGAGUCGUACGGCGGAGCAGUGGCGUCGCCGUCGUUGUCCUGGAUCCUCUGGUUGAUGAAGUCCCUCACGUCGCCGUUGUUGUUGUCCCGGGCCGAAGGGGGCGCGGGCCGCCUGGCCGGUGGGUAGUAGACCUCGGGGAGGAUGUCCCGCCGCUGCUUGGCGUCCUCGAUGGCCUCGGGGUUGCGCAGCGUGCCGAUGUCGAAGGCCUGGGUGUCCUCCUCGCCGCCGCCCUCGUCGUUGUAGCUGACCACGUUGUCCCGCACGUCCUCUUUGGAGAUGAUCAGGGGCUCCUUCUUGCGUUGCCUCCUCAGGGCGGCGAACAAAACCACGAUCACUGCGGGCGCAGGGAACAGGAAACAGUCAGGAGCGCGGCCGCCAACAUAGAUAUUUAGUACCGCCACCGUACUCUAUUCCUGUCUUCACUUCUACUCGUCAACCAAAUAACAUCUUUUUAUUUGUUUUACUUUCACUUUAAAUUAUGUUUCCAAUCAAUCAAAGUUUAUUUAUGUAGCCCUAAAUCACGAGUGUCUCAAAGGGCUGCACAAGCCACAACGACAUCCUCGGCUCAGAUCCCACAUCAGGGCAAGAAAAAGCAACCCAAUGGGCUACAAUGAGAAACCUUGGAGGGGACCGCAGAUGUUUUCAUUCUUAUUUACUUCCUUGACUAUAGUCCCUAUCUAGAUUAGCUGUUUUUAACCUUUUUGGCCUCAGGGUCGGGGCCCCCUCAAAUGUUAACUGUGAAUUAGUAAUCUCAUCUACAUCAUAUUAACCACAUAUGUAACCUCCUCACAGUUUAACACAGGCCUGGGCAAUUAUUUUGACUCGGGGGCCAAAUUUAGAGAAACAAAUGUGUCUGGGGGCCGGCAGUGUUUCCCACACAUUCAUUUAUUUGUGGCGGCCCGCCACAAAAGAAUUACGUCCGCCACAAAUACAAAAUAUUUUUUUUAUUUUUUUUUGUCCUGUCCAGCUUCUCAGGCAAAUCAUAUAGUUGAUGUAGAUGCCCUUAUAGGCUGUUCAGAUUUACUUUACAAAAGAGAAGUGUAGGAUACUUCUCUUGUUGCCUUAUUUGUAUUUGACCACUACUAUUUUCUGUUUAUUUGUUACUGACUGUGGCAGGACACCUCUGCCUCUGUUUCACUUUAUGUUGCUGGUAAAUAAUAUGGUUGUAGUAGUAGGCUAAAGUUAAAUUAUUUAGUAUGCACUAAUUAAAGGGGCAGAGCUUUAAGAGACAUUUUAGCUUUUAUAUUUUAUAAGAUAUAUUUUUUGUAAGACCCACAAUUAAUAAAUAUAUUUCAGUGAAUAACUUAUUGUUCAAAUCUGUAUAAUAAUAUGUACAUAAAGUGUUGUAAUUAUAUUGUAAAAUGGAUGGAUGUUUAAAACAAAACUGUUAUUAUUAAUUAGUAAGUAUACAUUUUUUGAGCCUUUUUAGAGAAAAUCAUAUCAUUGUAGUAAAUUAUGCAAAUUACUCGAUGAUGUCAUUGUGACCACACCCCCACCGCCACGGGUAUCUUGCCAGUUUAUGGGAAACACUGGGCCGGUAUAUCUGACUUUUAGGAACACUAAUACAAAACCUCACAAUAAUGUCUGAUUGAAUGCUAAAAAUGUUAUGACAGACCACCUCAAAAAACGGAAUGGAAUUUUAAUUUUUUUUACUGAAUGAGACACCCAGAAUGUACAUGAAAAUAAAGAAUGUGGGAUUUACAGUAUUAACUAUGAACGAUAAAACACAAAAUAUUGACAACAUAUGAACGUCACACCCCCUUUCGAUCGACAUAUUUUACAAUCAAGCGAAACGCAACAAAAAUGCAACACAGCGAAAUAUGAACGCGCAGGGUAAAAAUAAAACACACCUACAAUCUGAUAUAUGUGAUAUAUCACUAAACUUUAGUACUUUGUUGUAAAAAUCCUCUUCCGCCUCUGUUCCUGACACCCACAUUUCAGGCUGGCGGCACUGGAAACGCUUGAUGCCUCGUCUGAGCUGCUGUGACUUAGAUUACCAUAGUGACUAAUUAGAUUGCCAUAGUAACUAAUUAGAUUGCCAUAGUAACUAAUUAGAUUACCAUAGUAACUAGUAUAUCCUGCAAAAGCGCAGAUUCCAACCAUUGAAAUACUUUGUAUAGUUCAAGACUUACACUCAUUUGAAAACAUCCCUGCACAUCAUAAUAAUGGCAGCUACCGUUUUCAUCUUAAAGAUCUAAAAAAAAUUGGGGAAUGUCCGACGGGCCAGAUUAAAAAAUCUUAACGGGCCUUAAUUUGCCCAGGUCUGGUUUAACAGGAUACACCCUGUGCAAUGAUAUGAAAUCUUACAAAUAUUAUCAAGGUUUGGGUCAGGCUGAUUAGAAAAAUAAAUACUGAUCAAAUAUACUGCAAAAGAAAGUACUCAUAAAACCAGGACAUACAAUUACACUGUGCUGAAAUAAAUAGACCAACUAAAUGACCAACAAUUUAGUCAUAAUUUUUGCGCUUAAGAAACUUCUCUAUGUAACUCCAAAAAUAUUGUUUGUUUGUUACUGUCAUUAUUGCCACAAGUGGUGAAAAAGUGUUCUACAACUGAGUACCGCUGUGGCCCAUACAAACCUCAGCUGAGAAACAGAUUUUUUGUUGGCCCUAUGGUUAAGAAAAUUGAUCUAGAUGAUUUAAAUCUUUAUGGUCAUACAACAAACAUUGCAGUAAUUCUGUUGCUUUAUUAUGUAAGACUAUUAUUUUAUUAAUUAUAACGUUUUGGUUUAUUUACAAGAUGAUAUUGAAACUGUGACUAACUUAUAUAUAUUCCCUGAAAUGUUUCCUAAUUUUGGAUGAAUUAUUUGAGCAACAAUUCAUAUAUAUAUGUUUUAAUUCAACAUGUUUAAAAAAUGUAUUUUCAGUACUGGCAUUUAUUUUAUUUUAUGGGCAAUAUUAAAGUGCUUUAUGGUAUUUAAUGGCAUUUGUCUUUUUCUAUAUUCCAUGACUGUUUACAUUGUUUAAUAAUGACCAUUAUUAAUUAAUUAGUGACCAUUCACAUUUUGUAUACAUUUAGCAUUUUUCCAUUUUAGGAGCAAUAUUACAUGUGAUAUUGUAUUUAGUUGCCUUUGUCUUUCUAUAUUUCAUGACCUUUCACUAUAUUUUUAAAAUGUUAUAUUUCUAGUGUUUUUCUU